UAAACGUGUGUGAGCGUAGAAGGUCGUGUCAACGGGUCUUCGCGGUGGCAUUAACGCAGAGCCAGUGCCAGUGACACCAACAACGGCCCCGACGACAUCCCUUCGAGGUUGCGCUUACUCAUUUUGGCAUCGGCAGAAAACACCCUCGGUUGCUUCCCGUUCCGGUCAAUGUUGCUAGUUCACGUGAACACCGUCAUCUAAGCAAACCGCAACGAUAGAGCAAUGGUUGCCUGGUCAGUGUCUCACCGGCGACACGUUCGCAUACUGCUGGUGGGCGACCAGGGAGUGGGCAAAACAUCGCUCAUCCUUUCGUUGGUCAGUGAAGAAUUUCCGGAGGAUGUGCCACCCAAGGCGGAAGAGAUCACCAUCCCGGCAGACGUCACACCGGAGCAAGUGCCCACCAACAUAGUCGACUAUUCUGCCGCAGAGCAAUCGGACGAAGCGCUUGCCGAAGAAAUCCGGAAGGCCCAUGUCGUCUGCAUCGUUUACUCCGUUGAAUGCGAGGAAACACUCGACGGCAUCACCGAACGAUGGCUUCCGAUGGUGCAGAAAUGUUCUGAGCUUGAGCGUAAACCGGUUGUUCUCGUUGGCAACAAAAUAGAUCUCGUGGAUUAUUCGACUAUCGAUCAUGUCCUAUCAAUCAUGGAAGAUUACCCGGAGGUGGAAAGCUGCGUUGAAUGUUCGGCCAAAACCUUGCACAAUAUCUCGGAAAUGUUUUACUACGCCCAGAAGGCAGUGCUGCACCCAACUGCCCCAUUGUACAUCAUGGAAGAUCAGGAUCUUACGGAAGCAUGCAAAAAGGCGUUAGUGCGUAUCUUCAAAGUGUGUGACAUCGAUGGCGACGGGUUGCUGAACGACUACGAGCUGAACCACUUCCAACGACGUUGCUUCAAUGCACCACUGCAGCCACAAGUGCUUGAUGAGGUGAAGGCGGUGCUGAUGAAAAACACACCCGACGGCAUCCGGGAUGACUCGGUGACGCUGAGCGGGUUCCUCUUCCUGCACUGCCUGUUCAUCCAGCGCGGUCGCAACGAGACAACCUGGGCGGUACUUAGACGCUUCGGUUACAACGAGUCACUCGAGAUGAGCGACGAAUAUCUGCAUCCGCCGGUUAAGAUACCUCCCGGCAGCAGCACGGAACUGUCACACCGUGGGCAACAGUUUCUAAUCUCGCUCUUUGAGCGCAGUGACCGCGAUGGUGAUGGUGCCCUUUCGCCGGCCGAGUUUCAGAAACUUUUCAGCGCCUGUCCGAGUCCGCCGUUCUCCACCGACAUUAAGCGCACGAUUCCAACGAACGAAAAUGGAUGGCCCACGCUGCACGGAUGGCUUUGCCGCUGGACACUAAUGACGUUGGUGGACGUGCAUCGGACGCUCGAGUAUCUCGCCUACCUGGGCUUUAGUGUGCACGAGAACGAGUCGCAACUGGCCGCUAUUCACAUCACGCGCGAGCGGCGCCUGGAUCUAGCCAAGAAGCAGAACAGCCGCUCGGUGUACAUGUGCCACGUGAUCGGUCCAAAAGACUCGGCCAAGACCACCUUCUGUCGCGCGUUUCUAGCGCAGGACAUGAAGCGCCUGUCCGAUCGCGACAUCCGGCACAGCAACCGGUACGCGAUCAACACCGUGCAGGUGUACGGGCAGGAGAAGUAUCUGGUGCUGCGGGACGUGGAUGCACGGCUCGUGCUCGAUCCGCUGCAGCCGGGUGAGGUGAACUGUGACGUUGCCUGCCUGGUGUACGACAUCGGCAACCCGAAGUCAUUCGAGUACAUCGCGAGGAUAUACAUUAAAUACUUUGCCGAAAACAAGAUCCCGGUUUUGAUCGUCGGCACCAAGUCGGACCGGGAGGAGGUCCGACAGGACUAUCUGCUGCAGCCACCGGACUUCUGCCACAAGUACAAGCUGCUACAACCGCAGUUCUUCAGCGUGAAGCACAAUAAGAAGGAUGUCUACACCAAGCUGGCAACGAUGGCAGCUUUUCCUCGAUUCCAAGCGGCGUGGAUUCUAUUUUAUAAACAUAGAUUGGUUCAGCUGUGGGAAACAACCCACCUGAAGCAGUUUGGAAUGAUGUCCGGUGAUCCGUUGCUAUGGUGGAAGGCCGGACUCGGCAUUGCGGCCGCCACGAUCGUCGGCUUUUUCGUGGUAAAGGCGUUCCACGGACCGGGUUCGGCGGGACGAUGAGAAGUGUGCGGACCCCCGUUUCGUGUCGUUUAAGUUUCAUUUUUCUCUUCUGCCGUGUAAAUAGACAGCCUACUCAACAUCCAGUGCUACCAACCAGGCCGAACCGAACAACCUGUGCAACUUGUGCAUUAGUUAGCUACACACAAUCGUACACGGAGUUCUGCUGGGACUGCUUUUCUUCUUAGCAGCAGCCUCCAUCUUAUACCAUUUUCAUGUAGCCAAACAGCGUUUGGAAGCUAUCGUAGCGAUUCAACAUAUACGUCGGGUGCCGUACACGUUUUACAGUUACCGAACCGUAGUUUCGUCAAAAUUGUACAAGGCUCUCCUUAUAGUAGUCAGUUUUUACACCCAAAACAAACCUCCCAGUUAUUUUAUACUCGUCCAAAAAUUGUCAGUAUCUUCUCUGGGCUUUAAUUUGGAAUUGCUUCGUUCAAAACAACCGCUUGGGUGUUCUUUACUCUUAGUUUCCUUAUUAAAAUAUAUAUGUAGUUACUCUAAAAUAAUCAACAUCAUAAGUCUGACACACGAUGGUUGGUCAUAUCGUUCAUCGCACCGUUUGUGAGAACAUAAAUUAGAUCGCGCGUUUAUUUAAUUACUAUUUUCAGCUCUACGGUCCAAUUUAAACGCUAAUAAAACAAUUAAAGGAAACCAUCGGGCAAAGGACCGGAAUAGUCUACUUAACAGCGUUUCUUGAAACCCAAUCGUUUUAAGCUAUUAAGGAAAUCCUAGCAUCUGAGAGAUUGAUCCUUAAACAGAACGGUUGGCUGGCUUUGUAUAGAACACGGAGGAAGAAACACAUCAGGCGCCAAAACUGCAACCUGUGUUUGAUUUAGGAAAUUAGUGCUUUGCAAAUACCAUCCAUUAAAGAGUGAUCUCUCGCCGAUCGCUAGGUAAAUGCAGAUAACAGAAAUACAACCACGCAUUAUUCUUAAUGAA